CUCUAGAAUUUUCGUCAGUGUGUCAUGGGCAGUGCUUGUGAGAGUAUUAAGCGAGUAGCACUCUGCUAGUGACCCCCACUUCAACAUUCCUCUUUGAAGUGUGUGUACUUAUAUCUAUUUAGCAUCGUAAGGGAACAGUGGCAAAAAUGUCCGUCAUUGGCAUUGAUUUCGGAAACGAUGGGUGUUAUAUCGCUGUCGCUAGACAGGGCGGUAUUGAAACUAUUGCCAACGAUUAUAGCUUACGAUCUACACCGUCAACUAUUGCUUUUGGAGAGAAAAACCGUGUCCUUGGUGUGGCUGCCAAGAACCAAAUGACGACAAACAUGAAAAAUACUGUCCAUUGCUUCAAAAGACUUUUGGGACGACAUUAUAGGGAUCCUAAACUGCAGGCUGAAGUGUCAUCUCUCCAGUAUCGAGUAGUUGAGCUGCCAGACAGAAAUGUUGGUAUUGUGGUGCGAUAUCUAAAUGAAGAACAAACAUUCACACCUAUCCAGAUCACAGCCAUGCUUUUCACUAAGCUUAAACUAACUGCUGAGCAGGCCUUGGGCAUUAAGGUCAACGAUGUAGUUAUUGGGGUUCCAUGUUUUUAUACUGAUGCUGAACGUCGGGCACUCUUAGAUGCUGCAUUUACUGCUGGCCUCAAUGUGUUACGUCUUUUGAAUGAAACCACAGCCACAGCCCUAGCAUAUGGUAUUUACAAGCAGGACCUUCCAUCAUCAGAAGAGAAACCAAGAAAUGUGGUUUUUGUUGAUUGUGGUAAUGCAAAUCUUCAGGUGUCUGUAGUAGCAUUUAAUAAAGGUAAACUUAAGAUGUUGGCCACAGCUGCAGAUUCCAAUCUUGGAGGGCGUGACUUUGAUCACCUUUUGGCUCAACACUUCGCCAUUGAAUUCAAAUCAAAAUAUAAGAUUGAUGCAACUACAAAUCCCCGUGCUUGGCUUCGACUCUGCACUGAAGUUGAGAAGCUAAAGAAACAGAUGUCUGCCAAUUCCACUGAUCUUCCUAUUAACAUAGAGUGCUUUAUGGAUGACAAAGAUGUAUCUGGCAAAUUGAACAGAGUGAGCUUGGAAGAAAUGUCUGCUCCUCUUUUGAAGCGUGUUGAGUCUACACUUCAGCAGUGCCUCUCAGACUGCUCACUCAAGCUUGAUGAUAUUGCCAGUGUUGAGAUUGUUGGUGGAUCUACUCGUAUUCCAGCAAUCAAACAACUGAUUGAAAAGGUGUUUAAUAAGAUACCAUCUACAACUCUUAACCAAGAUGAAGCUGUUGCAAGAGGUUGUGCUCUCCAGUGUGCCAUACUUUCUCCAGCAUUUAAGGUACGCGAAUUUUCAGUAACUGAUGUGCAGCCAUACAGCAUUCGUCUUGUCUGGCAGGAUGAAUCAGGUCAGGAAGCAGAUAUGGAAGUCUUCCCCAAGAAUCAUCAGGUACCAUUCUCAAAGAUGCUAACGUUCUACCGCCGUGAGCCAUUUACGCUACAAGCACAGUACACUGUCCCAUCAACCUUCCCAGACCCCAUAAUUGGACAUUAUACAGUUGAAAAUGUUGCUCCAGGACCAGAAGGAGAGUGUCAAAAGGUAAAAGUGAAAGUGCGAGUGAAUCUACAUGGACUGUUCACUGUAGCUUCAGCUUCCCUGACAGAAAAGAAGGAGGCUGUUGAGGAAUCCCAAGAAAAUAUGGAAACAGAGGAUAAGCAUGACAAGACAACUGAUGGAACUGCAAACAACCAGGAAAGUGGAGGUGGUAACCAAUCUCCUGCUGCUGAAGAGGGAAACCAGCAGGAGAAAAUGGAGACUGAGAAAACAACAGAAGCCCCACCACCAGCCAAGAAUGAAGGUGGUGAAAAGAAGGGAAAAAAGAUGUUGAAAACUGUAGAACUGCCAAUUAAGGAAGUAGUUAAGUCCCAUGGCCCUGCUGAGCUGAAUUCCCUGGUAGAACGUGAAUCUCAGAUGGUUCAAGCUGACAAGCUAGAGAAUGAACGCAUCAAUGCCAAGAAUGCUGUUGAAGAGUAUGUUUAUGAUGUACGUAGCCGAAUUUAUGAUGACCUCGGGCAGUAUAUUAGUGAAGGUGACAGGGAAAAGCUAAGCCGUUUGCUGGAAGAUACAGAAAAUUGGCUAUAUGAGGAAGGAGAAGACUGCAAGAAGCAGGUGUACCUGGAUAAGCUAGUAGAAUUAAAGAAACAAGGUGAACCAAUCAAAGAAAGGAGAAGAGAGCGUGAGGAUCUUCCUGCUGCCUUUGAAUCUCUACUGAGCUCCGUUCAAUUGGCCCGUAAAGCAACUGAACAGUUUCGUCAGGAUGAUGAGAAAUAUAACCACCUUGAUGGUGCUCAGGUAGAAAAGGUGGAGAAGGCUAUUGGAGAAAAGCAAGAAUGGGUAGAUAAAAAUUUGGGAACAAUUACGUCAACCCCACUCCAUGUUGAUCUUCCUAUAACGGCAUCACAAGUUCGUUCCGAAAAGGGUACUUUUGAGGCUUUAGUAAAUCCCAUCAUGAACAAGCCAAAACCUAAACCCAAGGUAGAAGAGCCUCCUCCUGCAGAGAAGAAAGAGGGUGGAGACAAGGCAGCAGAGGAGCAGCCUAAUGGUCCUAAGGCAAACGAGCAAAAGCAGCAAUCAACUGAAAAGUCUACUGAACCCAUGGAUGUUGAUUAAUUGUGACUUAAGUGUCUAAUUAUCACAUCUUGUAUAAGGAUGGCUCCUGACGGGAAAACAUUGAAUAAAUGUGUUAGCUUUCAGACACACUCAAAAAAAAUAUAUAUGUUUUUAUAAGAGAUCCAUCACAUAAUUUGAACAUGAUUGUUAAGUAAAACUUGAUGAACGUACUGGAUCCAUGACUAGAUUUGGUUUACUUUUACAAAAUUUCUGUUAAUUAAACCAAAUUAUUAAGACUAAGCAAAAGCAUGCUAGACACAUGACUGGAUCAAAUUCUUAGUCACCCACAACACGAUUUGAAACCUGCUAUUUAUAAAGCACAGUAUAUAUACAUUUAUUGGAUCUAGAUGUAAAGAAACUAAAAAACAGUUAACUGUAUUUUGGUUUCAAAUUAUGUAAAACUAGUUCAUAAUGUAAAACUGGUCAUAUAUGGUGAUUAAGGAUUUGUUGCUACCAGUGAAUUAUCAGCACCUGUAAGGAACUUCCUCUGCCGGUACAGCACCUCUUUAGCAUUAUUUUUUACCUCAAACUAUGAUGGAUUGAGGAAUCUGGUGAUACACUGUGCCCCUUCUCCAUACUAAUAAUAGUGGAUCUUCUGUUCUAAGCAUAGAUGAAGCCCCAGACUGUCAGGAUGAAUGUUAUAGCAUUUCAUUUCAGCAUAGAAAGCAUUAUUAAUAUAUGUACAUAAUCACACCUGCUAAAUGUAGAUCUCGACUUCAUAUUGAAGUUUUUGAGUUUUUGAGUAAGACUACCGUCUUUUGAUAUAGCAUAAAGCUUUCAGUUUUGCUCCAUUUGAAUGUUUGCAAAGAAGUAUUUGACUUAGGAUCAUAACCAUUCAAGAAAACACAUUUCAUCGGAUGUAUGAACAGGAUCAGUGGAAAGUUUUUUCCUAUAAUUAGAAUAUAUUAUGUGACUAAAACAAGGAAAAGAGGAUAGAACAACAUAAGAUUAUUAUUAUUUUUUUUUUUUUUUUUCUUUUUUUAUGUUAAAGGUGUAUUCAAUGAAAGCUUAUGUCAACUUGAUGUCAGGCUAGUUAGUAAGCUUAUUUGAUGAGGCUUAAUGCCGAGCCCCUCUCACUGUAAUCAUUCCACUGUAUCUGCUUCUGUUAAAGGCUGAAUGUGUCUUAGAGUAAGAAUAAUUUUGAGUUCCA